CAUUUUACACCCACCCACAGACACGCCCGCGCUCCUUUUUCUCGUCGCGGCAGCAAGUCGCUCGUCCGCGUCCGCGACGACAUCACUGUAAAUCUGGUAUCUUCCGCGUGCGGCAUCGUCUAGGAAUUCGAAAACUCCGACGCUCAGGGAACCUUCUUUCGCGUCGGUACCGCAGAUUGGUGACUUUAAGGGCCGGGGUUUGCAUCUGUGUAAACUAGCUUAAAGGACUUUGUAUGUAUCAGGAUUAAUUAAAGCUUUUAUCUAGGCCCACUUUUUCCCCAUAAGCAAGUCGUGCUUAAGCAAUGAGAGCACUUAUACAUUGAAGGGCUAGGAAAUGUGCAAAUUGAUAGCGAAGUCUCAUGAGUAAUCAUCACACCAGCAGAUGGCUGCAAACUACCUCACAUGAGUUGUGCCUUCAAUUCUUAGUGGGAGAUAUCUGAUAGCAAGCAACUUCCUAUCAUGCUUCUUGGCGUGAAAGCCAUUGUAGAAACCCACUACAAUAUUUUAUCUGUUAAGGAAGAUGCAAGCUAUGAAGAAAUUCGUACAAGCUACCGUUCUGCCAUCCUUAAUUCCCAUCCAGAUAAGUUGCAGAAGACAUCAGAGAAAUCUGAUCCUGACCAGGAGUCGAGGGAAAGAUUUUUGAAGGUACAGAGAGCUUGGGAAGUCCUCAGCAAUUUGAGAUCACGGGCAGUUUAUGAUAGUGAGUUGCGAGAUUUGAGACAGGAUGCUGUAGCUGCAGAUGAUGUCAGCUUGGAGGAUAUGAUGGUUGGAGAUUCUGGAGAUGCAUUGGAGCUCUUUUAUCAGUGUCGAUGUGGUGAUUACUUCUCUGUCGAUUCUCUGGAGUUGGGAAAAAUGGGAUAUGUAUUGUUGAGGGAGGGGAAUAAGAUUUCUUUGCAGACCCCAGAUGCUUCACCGGCAUCGGUGGUUCUUCCAUGCGGGUCUUGUUCAUUGAAAGUUCGGCUAUUGAUUAACUCGGAUAUUUUCAUUUCAAUCGACGAUAGUUUGGCUUGAUUGUGCCAUUGUCGUGAAAA